GCAGCGCGCGAGCAAAGUCCAUGUGGAGCUGUGUGGAAAAAGUUUAACGUUACAUGCCAGGAGCAGUGCGAGGCAUGGCGCGCUGAGAGGACACAAUGGGGCAGUGACAGAGAAGACGACCAUGUCCAGGAGCUGAAUGUUCGCCCAGGUUGUGUAGGUGACGAGCAGAGAGCUAGAGGAGGAGAUGCAGCGGGUGCUGUGUCCUGCAGCUGUCCAGCUGCGCUCUGUCUGCCUGGACGUGAACAUGAGGGAGCUGCCCGUUAGCGAACAGGUCAUACGCAUAAACCGUUUCACUGUACGCUGCUUCAGCUCCUCUGCCAUCGCCAGGGGCAACGAGUCCCCAAAGACGCCCCCUGAGACUAAAACGCCAACAAAGGGGACAGAGCGUGUGACCGAUGUGCCAUCAGGUGCUGCACCACAGCCUGAUGUUGAUCCCCUGCAGGACAAAUCUAUUGGCCUCUACCAGAGGUUCAAGAAGACGUUUAAGCAGUACGGCAAAGUCAUGGUGCCUGUACAUCUUGUCACCUCCACUGCGUGGUUUGGGGCGUUUUACUACGCUGCAAUGAAAGGGGUGAACUUGGUCCCGUUUCUGGAGUACAUUGGAUUACCUGACAAAGUGGUGGGCAUUCUGCGAGACUCACAGGGUGGAUAUGCACUAACAGCCUACGCCAUGUACAAGCUUGCUACACCAGCCAGGUACACAGUGACUCUGGGUGGCACAUCUCUGUCAGUGCAGUAUCUCCGGAGGCACGGCUACUUCUCCACCCCCCCUCCAGUCAAAGAGUAUCUUCAAGACAAAAUGGAGGAGACCAGGGAGAGACUCUCUGAAAAGAUGGAGGAGACGAAAGAACGGUUUUCUGAGAAAAUGGAAGAAACCAAAGAGCUCCUCUCAGGUCGAAUGGAAGAGACUAAAGAGCGCUUCACUGAAAAAAUGGAGGAGACGAAAGACAAGCUCUCGGACAAACUGCAGGAGACGAAAGACAAAGUGUCUUUCCGGAAGAAAAUGGAAUAACGAUGGUGCGCUUACAGUGAGCUGUAAGCAGCAGUCAUGCAUGGUGACCAGGCAGCUGCCUGAGAGAUGAGGAAAUACACAGGGUAGAAAAAUUUUAGAAAUUUAUAAUUUGCGUGCAGUAUAAAUAUUAUUUCAGAGUUAGGCCUCUGAAGCGUUGCUCUAACUGGAAAUUUAUUAGAACCUGAGGUCCUGAAUUCUCAUCCACUUUAGUGUCUUCAUAAUACCCAGAUGUACUGAAAGUGUUGGUAUCUGUCUGGUAUACAGACAAGUCUGUUUACACCAUAACUUGAUCCAGUUUAAAUGGGGAGUCAGUCAGAAAAGAGUCUACUUCAUCACAGCCACAUUAACGUUUGGAAUUAUUUGUUUACAUCUUGGCUGUCACAAUACGAGUGGGUUGUAUGUCUACACGAUAGAUUGGAAUAAAUAAAUUGUUACUGCAUCAGUAGCACAGGGAGGUAGUUUUCAUGCAUCCUUUACUGGAACUUUUUAAACUGUAUGGAAAAAAAAUCUAUGAAUAUUUGACUUCUCAUAAAUUGAUACGAAACAUGGCCUACUAACUUGUUUUGAAUGUAGUAUUAUAAAAGGUGUGAUUGAUAUGAAACUUGAAAUAUCUUUUGUCACUUGAAAUUUUUAUUAUAAAGGUUUUCAAAUUUAGGAUUGUACUUGUUUUAGUAAAUUAAAGUGUGAAUGUAUUUCUUUCUGACAGCCAAGUCAAUAUAUCUAAUUAUACCUUACUGUUUUUAGUGAAGAGUUUUUUUUUUUUAAAUCCAGCCAGGAAUGAUUGGAUUAAAGCCAUGCUAAUCUGUCUGUAUAUACACUCACUGAGCACUUUAUUAGGAACACUAUACUAAUACUGGGAAGGCCACUGAAGAACAUUGAACCCAUUGUUAUGUUCAUGAAACCAGUUUGAGAUGACGUUUUGUGACAUGCUGCAUUAUCAUGCUGGAAGCAGCCAAUAAAAGAUGGUUAAAUUGUGUCCAUGAAGAGGUGCACAUGGUCAGUGAUAAUACUCAAAUAGAUUGUGGCAUUCAAGCGAUGAUUGAUUACUAUUAACUGGCUCAAAGUGUGCCAA